GGGCUGACUCGGACGAGAACACAGCACGGAAAACAUGACGUCUUGUCAACAGCACUAACAAGUCAUGAACAUAUAUUGUUAACAGACAUGCCAUAGGGUCCUACCAAAUAGCCACCCACAUCCCACCGUCCCCAUGACAACCCCUCCUCUGGCCCAGUUCCCCGGGCAACAGGCUCAGGCAGCUCGGGAUGUGAACACAGCCUCGCUCUGUCGGAUCGGACAGGAGACGGUGCAGGACAUCGUCUUACGAACCAUGGAGAUCUUUCAGCUGCUGAGAAACAUGCAGCUGCCGAAUGGAGUCACCUAUCAUCCUAACACUCAUCAGGACCGGUUGGGGAAACUGCAGGAGCACUUGCGGAUGCUCUCCGUUCUUUUCCGCAAGCUCCGUCUCGUCUAUGACAAAUGCAAUGAAAAUUGUGCUGGCCUGGACCCCAUCCCUCCUGAGCAACUUAUCCCGUAUGUAGAGGAUGAGAGUUCUAAACUGGAUGACCGAAUGGCCAAUCAAAUGCGUGCAACCAGCGAUGAGAGAAGAGAAGUACUGGAAGUAAAUAAGAAACUCAAACAGAAGAACCAGCAGCUGAAGAUGAUUAUGGACCAACUCAGAAACCUCAUCUGGGAGAUCAACUCCAUGCUGGCUGUCAGGAGCUGAAACACACACUCACAAACACACACACAUAUGCGUGUGCACAGUCAUACACUGUUGUACAUACACUGCAUUCAUGAGCUGUUUUCAGCGGGACACGUAAGACAGAUGCAGGAAAGAGCAGCGAGGCACAACAUUGAGAGAAGGUAGGAAGCGAAAAGAGGACUGGACUGAAAAAAAUUCUGCUACAUUCAUAACACGCAGUUGAAAUACCAAUUCGGUUCAGCUGUCUUGGAUUCAAUUUUCAACCUGAUGAACAUUAGGAGGUCUGAGCAGUCUGCUCACUCACUCAGAUAUGCUUUAAAAUGAACCUUUUACGCAAGUAUACUCAUAUUUUGCAUGAGCAAUGGCUGCUAUUUACGGUUAAACUAUAGUAUAGUUAUGAUUGAACUAUAACUUACAGAAAAAUAUUGUAUGAAACAUAUUGCAUAUUAGUGUGGUAUUAAUAUAUCUAUUAAGUAUAAACAUAUACCAAUGCUUGUCUCGACUACUAUUUAAAAAAAAAAAAAAUCAAGAACAAAUGGUCUGAUUUUAAUAUUAGAUAUAAAAGCAUCCUAUUCAAAAAGAAAAAAAUGCACAGCUGUCUACAGUAACCGCACAAUCAAUAGUGCUAAAUGCCAGCAUGUACGGUUCAAUAUACCCUACAUUAUUUGUAAUCCCUAAUCUGUAACCUCUAAUCGGAAAAAAAACGUGCAAGUCAUGUUGUUAUAGCAUCAAAUAUGACUUUAUUCAUUUUCUUAUAAAUCAUUCAUACAAAAUUGGCAUUUUGAAAUUUCUUUAUUACCUCUAAAAAAAAAGUCCUUUGUUAAUUACUGGGAUGAAGGGUCAGGACAGGAGGGAGCAAAACAAACAGCUCUGAACAAAAAGAACCCAAAACAAAUCGGUAUUUACUCAUAGUCUAAAGUGGUCAUGCAAGUCUGGUUAACAGCCUAACGUGAGAAAUACAGUCGAGUGUUUAACAGAUGCUGUGAAACUUUAGUGUCCGCAGAUGACGCAACUUUAUUUGAAAGAUUUUGCCGCUUCUGUCCCACGUGACAGCGGGGGUCACAAACUCAACUCAGUUGAAUCAAAAGGCACAAUCAAGGAGAGAUCAGUGAUGUUUUUGAGCAUGACUCCAUAUUGCUUAUUGCUAAUCACAGAACAUAACGUAAGAUAAGUCAGAUGCAAAUUUUACCAGUUAGCCUUGAGACAGGAUGAUCGCGACAGAAUGAAAAAGUAUAGAAACAAUGCAAGAAUCAGUUUGCUAGCGACAACAUAAUACAAUUGCAUGAGUUUAAAUUUGCCAAGAUUCUUUGGUGAUCUUGCAAGUGUGUAGUGGUAGCAGCAGCAUUCAACAGGCCAAUUUCAAAUGAAUGGCUUUGUCACGUUAAGCUGGGUAAUUAAAAUAACGCUGGCGUCAAUGCAAACACCUAUCAGUGUGUCGUCUGCACACAUGCUGUGCACUGACAAGGGCCUUGGGCAGCUCUGGAUGAUGCUGGGCAUAUCAUGAGCCCUGAUGACAGUGUUGGCGAGGGCAUCGUGACAGGAUGGGAUGCACAUAUUAAUCAAAACCGACAUCUGAUGCACACAUCUACCUGCUAAAAUCAUCUUGGAUGCAUCAUCCUAUAUAUAAUUGUGUAGAUCCAGCUGUAUGAACAAGGAUCAAGUACAUUGUAUUUGAAGUGUACAUAAUUGGCUGAUAAAAUUGUGCGAGGCCAGACGUUAAUUGUGUGAUAUGACAUCAUAAUGACAAUCAUAGGUAUAAAUGAUGGACAUACAUUUUUAAAUUAGAUGAUUUGCUGAACUUAAAACUUAACCAGAUGUGUGCCGUUUGUUAAAAAAAACAAAAACAAAAGGAUGACGACAGACAACUAAUUAACUAAUGAACAUUUUAUGCAACUGUUAAGAGGGCAAUUAUAGUUGAAGCUUUCAGGGACUUUGAAAUUAAUUCACAUACUUGUAUAACAAGAUUCAAGCAAGCACCUAAACGUUAAUGUCAAGAUGGACAUUUUAAAAUUUCAUUCAGGCCAGUUCAUUCGGAUAAUGACAGAUGAAUCACAGGAGCAUUACUGCAAAUUUCUCAGGCCUUUAACUCAUGAUUCAAUGUCAAAUAGCUUAUUAAAAUACAAUGCACAACAAUUGAAGUCUGAAACUCGGGUUCCUAAACAUUCAGUGUCAGGUAUGCAUUUAAAUUUCAGCGUGGGCUGACCAUGAUGGGGGAUAAAAAAAUAUGUAGUGUACAUCAUGUCACAGCAUCAACCGCAUUCUGAUGCAUUAUGUGCAGAAAACAUGAAAAGGAAAAAAAAGGCUUUGGCUCACAGCUGGCACAUUUUAAGUCCAGUCACCUUCACAAAAGGCCACUAAAGCACGGCACUCCAAGUCAUCAGACAUUCAAGUACCUGUGAGCGGAGACUGACAACAUGCUCCACUCUAACUCUGGAAAACAGUGAAACAACACCCAAAGUCUUGAGAGCCGUUCCCUUGAUAUGAAAUCAACAAAAAUGGAUGCACAUUUUGAUGGAAUAGAAGCAUACUUGCCACUUUCUAGGGGACAUAAAUUUGCCAGGUGUCCAUUUGUGGCUGAGUGAGUUUUAUAUGCGUAGGAGUCGCAUUUAAAAUAGGAGGCCGAAGGGGAGAAUUGAGGCAGUGUUCAUUGAACUUUGACGGACAGCUCAUUUUUCACAGGGACAGGGAAGAUAGAGGAGGUGAGAGACGUCUCACUUAAAUUACAGCCAUAAGUCCUUACAAUGCAACCUGUCAUGCGCUGAUGUCUAUGAAAGUUUUCUCACCUAAACAGAUGGUGUUACUGCACUAAAAGCUCGGCCUUUGUUUCCAUGCUAAUUUUUCUCUUGACUAUGACAAACAUUUUUUUCCAAGUCGGGCUGUUUAAUAACGUGAGGAUUUAGGGAUUUCUAGUGCAUUUUUUUAAAUACACUUUAAGGUGGAUUUGCAUGAAUUAAUUAGGUAGGGAGGGUUUGACAAGCCACUUAAGGCAACUCAUUAGUCUUGGCACCAUUUUU